AUGGUCAAUGAGUUUAACAAAGCCAAAAAUACGAAUCAAAUUCGUAAGCUGUUGAAUCUCUUGGGAAAUGAUUUUGUUUUGACAGUAAAUUUUGGUAACACUCAUGGUACAUAUGUGAUUAAUCGUCAAUCGCCGAAUCGACAGAUCUGGUUGAGCUCACCAACUAGCGGACCAAAGCGAUAUGAUUUUGUGCCAUCGAAUGCCAUCAAAGAUGCUAGCGAAGGCUAUUGGCUGUACAAGCACGAUGGUAUUACGUUGCACGAACUGCUCCAAAAGGAGAUUCGAUUGAUCGUUAAACGAGAGGUGGAAUUUUUGAAUCUUCCGAAUGGCCGCAGGACUUAG